UGAGUUCUGGUGGACUUUCAAGCAGUUUGCACAAUGCCCGUUUUCACGACGGCCGACGGCUGUCGUCUGGCAUACGACGACACCGUUGCCUCAUCGCCAGCCAAUGCACCCAUUGUACUCUUUCUCCAUGGAUGGAGCGCGAGCCGCCGGUACUUCUGCCGCAACGUUCCGCAGCUCCAGGCGACCUGCCGUGUUAUCUGCCUCGACAUGCGCUUCCAUGGCGAGUCGGACAGCCCGGCGCAUGGCAUGCACAUUGCUCGUUUAGCCGCUGACGUUCGUGAGCUCGUGCUAGGCCUAAACCUGGACAAGUCGAAGCUUACGCUCAUCGGUACAUCCAUGGGCUGUGCCGUCAUUUGGAGCUUCGUCGAGCUCUUUGGCUGUGCCAGUGUGCACCAAGCCAUCUUUGUCGACCAGCUUCCUCUGCAGAAUCGGCGCGAGGAUUGGUCGCUGCACGGCUAUGGCUGCUACGACGAAGCGAGUUUGCAGGGCAUCGAGCACAUGCUUGCGACCAACUUGCCCGCUGUCGCCCAAGGCAACCUCGACAGCUGCCUUGUCCGCGACGACGUGCCGCGAGAUAUUCUCGAUAUUCUGUGCGCUGACGUUCUCCAAUGCAAGCCAACAGCGCUCGCGACGCUCAUGCGCGACCACACGCAGAUCGACUGGCGGCCACUUCUACCCACAAUCUCGAUUCCGUGCUUGAACCUCCUCGGCGGUAUCAAGAACAAGAUCUUCCCGAUGGCUGGCGCCCUUGUCGUCGGCAACAUGAUUCCCAACUGCACCAACGUCGUCUUCGAGCGUUGCGGGCAUUGGCUUUAUCUCGAGCAGCCCGACGACUUUAGCCAGCUUGUCCUUGCGUUCGUCCAUCAUCGCCCGUUGCCCGUUUCGCCAUCGAGCGGUGUCGUCGUGCACAACAAGUAGCACAUCGACGCGGCCCAAAUAACUCGGUCCCAAGGCCAUGCCAAUGUAGUAACACUUGCGCACUAUCGUGUUGUCUGACUAGUUGCAGCUCUGGGUUUUGCACCAUAUCGGUUUGCGAAGGCGUUCAAUCGGCAACCUGAUUCACCCGGCUUCGCCCGAUGGCAUCAUAACACUAUUUAGUGACCUGCUUCAACCUCGCAAGUCCGAGACACAGGUGGAGCGAAAUUGCCAAUGUGCGCAACAUAUCCUACUUUACAGCCUUUGCGCGGCGCUGGACCCAAGCAUUUACAAUCAUAAUCUAUUUCCGAACCACGAACAAGUUUUGGACUUUGGAGUCCCUGGGCAUGAAUGACGACGUAAUGAUUCACUAUUUGGACAGUCGAAAAACUGAAAUAGUAUAUGAGAUGGUUAUGCAUUGGCA